GACCUAUGUAUAAUAUAUCAUUAAAUUCUUCAAAAUCGACCUAUUCAAUAUCAAUUAAUGUAUUAUAUGUUGGAGGAUUCCCUCUUAAUUCACCUGUAGUUAAUUCAGUCAUUGACACUAGAAAUGAUAGAAUUUCUCUUGGAAAGGCUUCUCGUGAAUUCUUUAGGCUAUUAAAGGCUAAAAGGUCUAAAUCUGGUGGAUUUAUAGUGCCAAAUCCCAUUGAUGUAUCAUUUGAUGUCACAUUGGAUGAUGAUGAAAUAGUACAAUUUACAUUGCCAAAUUCUACAAUCUGUGACAGUAAUGCUGGAACAGGAAUAGGAAAAAAUUGUUUAUCUAUUUUUGAUGACAAAAGUGGACCUAAAGGUGAAAUUAUACUCGGAAGGCCAUUUCUUCAGACUACGGCCAAAACUGAUAAAACGGCUAAAACGGCUAAAACGGUCCAAACGGCUAAAACGAUCCAAACGGCUAAAACGAUCCAAACGGCUAAAACAGUCCAAACGGCUAAAACGAUCCAAACGGCUAAAACAGUCCAAACGGCUAAAACGGUCCAAACAGCCAAAACGGCGGAUCAUACGG